AUGAGUUAAUAAAGCUGUUUCUUCAACGAAAUCACGUCCAUUGAAAAGAUUUAGGAAGAAUCCAUUUAUUAGCAAAGGUAUAUUUAUAUGAUUACCUCAGCCAAUCUAAUACCCAAUAUUAUGUAAAUCAAUCAGACAAAUCAAUUAAUUUUUUAUCUAAAGGAGGGAAUUAAUUCUUUUUACCUUUGGAUGUUGAAAUAAACUAAGUAUUUCCAUUAUCUGAAGGUCUCUUGCUAGGUUGGGGUAGGGAUGAAUUUAAUUACUCUAUAGUAUUAAAUCAUCCUCUAGCCUCUAUUACAACAUUAGGAACAUAUAAUAGCACAUUAGGGACUAUUGAGCCUUGGAUACAUAUGCAAGAAGAAAUUAUUUAUGCCCAUAAAAUUCUUCCAAUAUUAAUAACCUAUAAUUCUUAAUUGAUGAGACAUUGUGUUUAUAUUUUAAAAGUUGAUGAUAAACAAGAAGUGCAAAAUUACAAUCUUACUGAAAAAACAGAAUGCCAAGUAAGCAUUAUCAUUUUAUAAAUUAGAUCAUUAGUGAAUUAUAUUAUGAAGAAAAUAUAAAAGAAGAAAAGGCAAAAUAAUGUGAAAUAAUUAGAAGUAAUGUUGAUGGAGAAUUAUUAAUUUGCUUAUUAUCAGACCAUACAAUAAGAAUUUUAGAAAUGAAUUUCUUAGAAGAAAAUAAAAGCAAAAAUAUCUUUAAUAGUUUAAAAGUAGUUUAAACCAUACAAAAAGUUAGUUAAAUAUAAGUAUUCAACAUGAUUGAUUCAAUAUGCGCUGAAACUAUAUCAAUUAAAAAAGAGAAACUAAAAUACUAAAAUAACUAAUUUGAAUAUGUGGCUUAUCAAAUUAUUAAUCAUAAUAAUAUUCCAUCAAAUUUAUUAAUCUUACAUACUAAUUCUACUUUUACUUUAUUAAGUGGUAGUAAAAUCCUUUUAAAUUAUCAAAUUAACGAAUAAAUUAAUGAUAUCUCAUAAUUUAAUUGCGCUCCUGUUAUUACCGAGCCCUUAUUGCAAACAAUCUUACAUUCUUUAAAGAUUGCUUUAGAUACUCAAUAAUAUAUUUGUUUAUUUAAAGAUGUCAUUAUUAAUUGCUUAUAAAAUCAGAAUCUUAAAUUGGAAAUGUCAAAAAAUAAUAUAGAUAAUGAAUUCAUGAGGUUUACUUACUUAAUGUUAUGCUACCUAAAAUUAAGCAGUAAUAAAAAAGAUUGCGAGGAUCAAAUUUAAAAAAAGAUUAAAAGUAACACUCCAUCGGUAUAGUAGUCUCCUAUGAAAGAAAGUUCAAAAGCAUUUUAACAAUUAUUAAAAUCCAAUUAUCACAAAGAAAAUUCUAGUUAUGAUAGCAAUUCUUAAUAUUGUCAUUAGUAAUAAUAAUAGUAAUAGAGUUUAAGUUUUAUAUAUCACAUGACUAUGGAGAUGUUUAAUGAAAUUUAAGACAAGAUUUUAUACGUUUUACAUUUAUUGUAUUAAGAAUUAUUGUUAUCAGAUGAAAAGUAGGCUAAUAAAUUGUUGGUUUUACUCUAUUAUUAUUCCCUCAAUAUGGAUAAUGAAGUUGCUAUUAAUUAUAGUGAUUAUUACCUCAGAAUAAAUCCAUCGUUAUAAUCUAUGUAUUAAAAUGAUAAUUUUAUAUCUCUUUUGCCAACUAUUAGAUCUUUAACUUUACUUGGGUAACCAUAGUNAAUUACUCUAUAGUAUUAAAUCAUCCUCUAGCCUCUAUUACAACAUUAGGAACAUAUAAUAGCACAUUAGGGACUAUUGAGCCUUGGAUACAUAUGCAAGAAGAAAUUAUUUAUGCCCAUAAAAUUCUUCCAAUAUUAAUAACCUAUAAUUCUUAAUUGAUGAGACAUUGUGUUUAUAUUUUAAAAGUUGAUGAUAAACAAGAAGUGCAAAAUUACAAUCUUACUGAAAAAACAGAAUGCCAAGUAAGCAUUAUCAUUUUAUAAAUUAGAUCAUUAGUGAAUUAUAUUAUGAAGAAAAUAUAAAAGAAGAAAAGGCAAAAUAAUGUGAAAUAAUUAGAAGUAAUGUUGAUGGAGAAUUAUUAAUUUGCUUAUUAUCAGACCAUACAAUAAGAAUUUUAGAAAUGAAUUUCUUAGAAGAAAAUAAAAGCAAAAAUAUCUUUAAUAGUUUAAAAGUAGUUUAAACCAUACAAAAAGUUAGUUAAAUAUAAGUAUUCAACAUGAUUGAUUCAAUAUGCGCUGAAACUAUAUCAAUUAAAAAAGAGAAACUAAAAUACUAAAAUAACUAAUUUGAAUAUGUGGCUUAUCAAAUUAUUAAUCAUAAUAAUAUUCCAUCAAAUUUAUUAAUCUUACAUACUAAUUCUACUUUUACUUUAUUAAGUGGUAGUAAAAUCCUUUUAAAUUAUCAAAUUAACGAAUAAAUUAAUGAUAUCUCAUAAUUUAAUUGCGCUCCUGUUAUUACCGAGCCCUUAUUGCAAACAAUCUUACAUUCUUUGAAGAUUGCUUUAGAUACUCAAUAAUAUAUUUGUUUAUUUAAAGAUGUCAUUAUUAAUUGCUUAUAAAAUCAGAAUCUUAAAUUGGAAAUGUCAAAAAAUAAUAUAGAUAAUGAAUUCAUGAGGUUUACUUACUUAAUGUUAUGCUACCUAAAAUUAAGCAGUAAUAAAAAAGAUUGCGAGGAUCAAAUUUAAAAAAAGAUUAAAAGUAACACUCCAUCGGUAUAGUAGUCUCCUAUGAAAGAAAGUUCAAAAGCAUUUUAACAAUUAUUAAAAUCCAAUUAUCACAAAGAAAAUUCUAGUUAUGAUAGCAAUUCUUAAUAUUGUCAUUAGUAAUAAUAAUAGUAAUAGAGUUUAAGUUUUAUAUAUCACAUGACUAUGGAGAUGUUUAAUGAAAUUUAAGACAAGAUUUUAUACGUUUUACAUUUAUUGUAUUAAGAAUUAUUGUUAUCAGAUGAAAAGUAGGCUAAUAAAUUGUUGGUUUUACUCUAUUAUUAUUCCCUCAAUAUGGAUAAUGAAGUUGCUAUUAAUUAUAGUGAUUAUUACCUCAGAAUAAAUCCAUCGUUAUAAUCUAUGUAUUAAAAUGAUAAUUUUAUAUCUCUUUUGCCAACUAUUAGAUCUUUAACUUUACUUGGGUAACCAUAGUAAUAAAACAAAUAGAAAAUUUUGCCGUAAAAUCCAAUAGAUUUGAAUAAAUGGUUGAGUAGCUUAUUAAUGAAUAAUCCAAUAUCAUUUCCGAUAUUAUUUAAGAAGACUAAAUAAUUAUGCAUCAUAAUGCAAUCGAUUCUAAAGAAACAAUUAAUCCAUAUUUCUUCAAUAUUAUAGUGUGAAGUUUAAGACUUUUAAGUUUUAUAUUAGGUACAAAAGACAUAACUAUUUUUCUAAAAAGUCUUAAAUCAAAAAUUGCAAAUCAAAUAUAUUUAACAAAAGAAAAAUAAGCUAGAAAUGCUUACAAAAUUGAGAGGACCUUCUUUGAUGUUAUAUUUGUGUAGUGAAAAACGUUGGAAUAGAGAUAUUAUUAACAAACUUCCUUUAUAAUUUAAAAUCGUUAUUUUAGAAAUAAUCACGUUAUUAAGAAAUAAUUUUCCAAAUGACUUAAUGGGAUAAAUUACUAAAGAUUCAUAUUUGUUAAUAGAUAGAAUGGAUAUUUAUUUAAAUUGCAAAUUAUAUAUUCAAAAUCCUGUGGAAUGUGAAUUUAAAAAAUAUGUUAAUUCAAUUUUAAGUGGACAAAUAAAAAGUUUACAGAAUGAAGAUGAUAAUGAUAUAUAAUAUGAUUAACAUUUGAUGUAACAAGUUAAGAGACAAUUCGACUUUACUAGAGAUAUUCGAAUUAAAACAAAAAUGACUGAGCAUAUUCCUGAAGAAAGAUUGGAUUAAGAUGCUCCUUCAGUGUUAUUAAAGUUAUUGAAUCGAAAAUUAGCUAUGUUUGUUGGGUUAGGAUCAUUAACAUAUGGUACAAGUGACCAUUUUAUUACUGAUUAAAUAAAAUUUCCAUCAUUAAACUUAUCUGGAAUCCUUCAAUAAAAUAGCUUGAAAUUAACAAUAGAUUCAACAAGAGAAGAUUAUACAUAAAUGACAUAAUGGCCAGAAUUUCAUUUAGGGGUAACCUUGUCGCUAUAGUUAUCCAAAAAACUUAAAGGCUUAAGUCAAGAAUCUCUAAGAACUUGGAUAUUUUAUUAGAAACCAUAAAAUCCUUCUAAUAUUCAUGGAGGAUUUAUGCUAGGAUUAGGAUUAUUAGGAUAUCUAAAUUCAUUUAACUAGAUAGAUUUAUAUUAAUUGCUUACUUAAAACCAUGAAGCAACAAGUGUGGGAGUAUUAUUAGGAAUAGGAGCAUCAAGAAUUGGAACUUGUGAUGAGCCUACUUAAAAAUCUUUAACUGUCCAUAUUCCGAGUUUGAUACCUAGUGUUUACGAUUUAGAGCUACCAAGUAAUGUUUCUACAAGUGCAUUAUGUUCACUCGGAUUCUUAUUUAUGGCUAGUGGCAAUAGAAAUUUUACUGAAGUUGCUUUGGGCUUAAUAGGUAGAAAACCUCAUAAUGAUAAAGUGAUUGAUAGAGAAGGAUAUUCUCUUGCAGCUGGAAUAGCAUUAGGAUUAAUUAAUUUAGGAAAAGGAAGUGUGUGGAGAAGAGAACUUUAAAUAGUAGAUCGAUUAAUAAGAUUUGUUCAAGGAGGAAAAGUACUCCCUCCUCCUUAAUCUUCUUUAUCUACGAAUUUUAUGUAAAAUGAAAGUGUAAGCAGUUCAAUAAGAGAAGGCAACAUGGUUAAUGUACAUGUUACUUGCCCUGCUGCUCUUAUGGCAUUAAGUUUAAUGUUUAUGUAAAUGAACUAAUAGAAUAUUGUGGAUUAAUUGAACAUUCCUAAUUCAUUUAGUAGUUUAGAGAGUUGCAACCCAAAUCAUAUCAUAUUAAAAUCUUUAACUAGAAACAUUAUCAUGUGGGAUAGUAUACCAACAACUUAAGCAGAUUUACAUUCAUAAAUUCCAGAAUUAAUUUCAUUUUUGUUUGAGCAACCUUUAAAAAAAAUCCAUUAAAAGUUCUAUUUAGUGUAUAAUGUAGAAGUGAUCGAUUUUAUGUCUGUAAGUAUGAUAUACACAGGUAUGAUAUCUGGAGCGUUAUUAGCCAUGGGUAUAAAAUAUGCCGGAACUCAUGAUUAAUAAGUCAAAUAACUUAUGAUUAAAUAAAUAGAGUUUUUAAUCAAAUUAAGAAUAUCUUAAAAUGAAUUUGCCAAUGAUCCAGAUAAUAAGUGCGCUGUUGAUUAAUACACUUAUUAUACUAAUAUUGUUAAUGCUUUAUAAGGGUUAUCUCUUUUGAUGGCUGGAAGUUUUGAUUAAGAAGUAUUGGCAAUAGCCAAAUCAUUAAUAUAAAAAAUGGAAAAUUCAUAAAUUUGGCAUUUCGGUUUCCAUUAAGGAAUAAAAAUGGCUAUUGGUUUUGUAUUUAUGGGAAAAGGAGGGUAUUCAUUCAAAAAAUCGAAAAAAGCAAUAAGCAUGUUAUUAUUAUCUUUGUACCCAUAUUACCCAACUAACCCUGGGGAUAAUAAAUAAUAUUUAUAAGCCUUAAGAUGGAGUUACGUUCUAUCAAUUAGACCUAAAAUAUUUAAAAUUAUUGAUGUGAAGACUCAUAAAACCGUAAAUUUAUAGAUUAAAAAUGAGAUAUUUUCCGAUCCUAAUUACUGCCAAUCAAACUUUUCAUUUACAAAUAAGGCAGUAUAAACAAUUUAUGUACAAUCAAAAGUCUUAAGCUAAAAUAAUUAAGAUUUAUUAAAUCCAAAUAAUACUCUUAAUCACAUUGAUACUUUAUUAUUGAUUGGCGAUAUGUAGACAAUUGACUCUAAGCUAGAUGGGCUUUAUGAGUAUAAGUUUAUCAAAAAUUUAAAAGAGAAAUAAUAUUUUUUAAAGUUGUUGUAGUAUGAUUAAAGCAAUUUUAUUUAAAUCUUGGCUUCUUUAUUUAAUACUAACAAAUAUGCCCACAUACCAAUUCUUGGAUUAUUUUAUAAAUUGUACCAAAAUAAAUUAGUCCUAUCCUAGGAAGUUAUUAAUUAAUUGACUCCUACCAUAAGUGUUACUAACCAAGAACUAAAUAAAUACAUAAAUUAAGAUUUAAAAAAUAUGUAUUUUAGUCAAGUAUCACAGAAAGUCUAUAGCUUUUUAUCAAUAUAUAACUUGCCUUAUCUACAUGAUAUCAAAUAAAUAGUUAAAGUUGCUAAAUAGAUUCCCCUCUAGAUGUUAGAAUUUUAUUUAUACAAAUCUUUUGAAGACACCCAAUAAUAAAAAUUAAAGCAAUUAGCUCAUUCAAUAUUAUUAAAUUAAUGA